AUGUCUUCCAAAGAUAGUUGUGGGAAACGCCAUCAUCCCGUAGACAGCCUUUGCCGGAAGCUCCAAGCCAUCAAUAUGAUGGACCAAGCUUCAAAUCCUGCCUUGCAGAUUCCAAAAUUCCAAUCCAAGAACUUCGACAGUCCACAGAGUAACACAAAGAAGAACCUGGAGGAAAUCUUGAAGAAAAGGACACUGAAAAGUAGUGACAGCCACAGUCCCUUGGGCACCAACCUCUCCUUGCUAAGUCCUUCCAGUGACAAUCUGUUCUCGCCGGGCCCCGUGAUGAUGCGGACACCACGUCAUCGACGCAUUUCUGAUAUUCGCUCCGAGUCCUUUUCACUGGAUGGGAAUAAAGAGAAGCUCAGUAAAUCUUGGGUCUUGGUAAAUCAGAGAGGGAACAGUUCACCACAUUUCAUUAAGCAUGAGUCAACCUCUGAUUAUCUUUGUGGCAAAUCUAAUAUUGAGCCAAAGGUCAUAUCACCUCUGGAAUGCAACUAUUUCACAUCAAGUCCUGAUUUAUCUAACAGGGGACCAAAAUCUGUACAGCCUACUUUUCAUUCUCCUCCAGCCAAAAGAUUCUCCUUAGGAUGGAGGCUGGCAACGGACAACAGAGACAACGAAGGCUCUGACAUAAGUCUGAUUUGUGAGGAAGACCUGUUGACGACUAUGUUUUCUGCAUGUGAUGUGGAAAGAAGAGGCAAAGUUGCUGUUUCUAAAUUGGUUGACUUCCUGAGGUGUACGACAAGUCGGAGUUCAGAAGACAGUGGUCUUGAAGAGUUGUGCCACAUGCUUGAUCCUGAUCAUAGAGAUAUCUCUAUGGACUUGGAGACCUACCAUGCCAUCAUGAAAGAAUGGAUUGAAGAUUGCAAAAGAAACUGGAAUGAGCUGCCCACCAGGGAGGCAACCCCUGAAAAUAUUUUCGCAGCGAAAAGGAUGAACAUAACCUCUGGAAGUCUAGAAGCACUUGGUGGUGAUGUGUCAAGAGGAGACUUAGAGACAUCUGACUUGAUCACUUGUGUAGCAGAUCUUCAGUUCAACAACCAAAAACUUCAAGAGGAAAAUGCCCAGUUGAAGCUGGCACUGGAUGCCAUGGAGGAGACCAAUAAUAGACUGAUGGAAGACAGUGGGGAACUGCGGAGUCAGAUAAAAAGUUUCCAGCAGUCUGUGAGCCAAGUGAAAACGUUGAAAGAGGAAUUGGAGGAAGUGAAGAACACUCUCAAUGCUGCUGAAGAAAAGAGGCAGACGAUGACAGUCCAGAAUAAACAGCUUGAAAAAGAGAAUCAGUCUCUCAUUCUUAAGAUCUCUUCUUUACAAGAGGAGAAUAUUAGAAAUGCUCUUGAUUUGGAUGGUCUCCAGAAGAAGAUUGAGGAGCUGUUCCAGACUAUUAGUGAACUCCAAAUACGAGCACACCUUUAUGAAAGCACGGUGGGAAAUAAAGACACAGCCCUCCUUAAGAAGGAACUGGAUAUACAAGAACUAAAGUCUACUCUUAAGGAGUACACCUCAGUGAUAGAGACUCUGCGAAUAGAGAAAAAUAAAUUGUUGAACAAUGUUCAGCAGAUGCAGCAAGAGCUGAUCUCGAAUGGUAUCAACUUUCCUUUAAUCUACAAGUUCAACAGCAGCUUCCUUGAAGCAACCAAUUCAUUGCAUUGUGAACUGGAACUUGCUCAGGAACCAUCAGAGAUCCCUGGAAUUGAAUGGACAGCGCUUGAUGAAUCACUGGACAGAGAAGUUCUGCUGCUUCUUGGAGGGCCAGAGCGAGUAGGAGAAAAGUUCAAGGCCACUAUUCUAAACUUGCAAGAAGAACUUUCUCAAAUCAAAGAUUUAGCAGGGCUGCCUCUUCUGAAUGCUGCCGGCUCUGAAUUGGAUAUGCAAGAAGCUUACCAGAAGAGCUUGGUGGGCCUCAAGAAAACUCUGGAGAAUAAAAGAACCCUAUGGCUUCAGAAACUAAAUCUUUUGGAAGCUCAGAAGGAAUCCUUGGAUAAGGAACUUAUUAAAAUGGCAGGAAAUAUGCGGAGAAUGAGGACGGAACAACUACACUUAAAGAAAACACUUUUGUCCAGACAACGUGAGAUCCAGUCCAUCAAACAGCUCAAGGAAGAUGCUCUGGCAGAAGCAGAUGUCUUGAGAUUGACAUUGCAAGGGCUAACUGAACAAUUAGAGGAGGCUAAUAAGAGGGUUAAGGAUCGAGAGAGUGACUUUCACGCUGCCCACGAGGAAGCAAGGUCUUUACAGAAGAAGUUAGAAGACAGUGUUGCCCAGCAAGGAAGCCUCCGGAGUCAAAAUACAGAUUUAACACAGAAUUGCCAGCUGCUGGAACUGAAAGCUAAGGAACAAAGUACUGCUCUGGAAUCACUCAGGGAGAAGUAUUUAAAAAGACUGUUGUGUGGUGUACUUUGUCAGAGCUGUGUGUUUGGGGAUGAGAGUCCUUUGCCCUGCUCAAAUGUCAAUGAAGAGCUAAGAACAGAAGAGAAGAAAACCUGCUGCAAUCAAAGACUUGGAACCCAACCGUGCUGGCCUUGGAGCGUGUGCUGGUCCACAUCAGACACCUUACUGCUAGAAGCAUUGUCACUUGAUUCUCUGCAACUGAUUCGAAGAAAUUCUCUGCCCAGGACUGUUGGACAUUCUCAAAUAUUGUUUAUAUUUGGGAAACAACACUUAAGAAAUGGAACCACCUCGGGUGUGAUAUUGGAUGAAUACAACAGGUGUAAUCUCCAUUCUGUUGGCAACCAGAUGGAUGCAGACCUGAUCUGGGGAAUAAGGAUGGACGGUGACUCUCCCAAGGAGAGUGACGCUGGAGCAUUAACAGAUACCUUAUCCAGUGAACUAACUUCAUCCCAAGAAACCUCUUCAUCUGCUACAGAGGAUACUAAAGAAGCACAAGAUACGGACUCUACACUACAGGAACUGGAGGGGAAAACGCACCUCUCUACUUUAGUGUUGCAGGAAGCCACUGUUGCUGCAAAGGAGGAAGCUACAGAAGAUGGUUCCAGCAACAGGGCUGGUGAUUCAUCUUCAUGUCAGGAUCUGUCAAGCAGUGUCGUGUGCCAAAGGAACCAGGAUAAUGGCUCUCCCAAUGACAAAGAAGUAGAGGCAGAAUUCCUUCGGCUGUCUCUUGGAUUCAAAUGUGACCUCUUUACUUUAGAGAAGAGAGUUAGGCUUGAAGAACGAUCUCGGGAUCUUGCGGAAGGGAACCUGAGGAAAGAAAUUGCUGGUGCCUUGAAACUACUUGAUUCUUUAGCCUCUCUAAGUGAAGAUAACCAGGUGCAGGAGAUAGUGAGGAAGCUGCAGAAGAGUUUGGAUCUGCUGAAUCAGCAUGCUAUCAGAAUUGCUAGCAAAGCAGAAAUGCUGGGAGCUGUUCAUCAGGAAAGCCGGGUCAGUAAGGCAGUAGAAGUGAUGAUUCAGCAUGUGGAAAACUUAAAACGCACAUACGCAAGAGAGCAUGCAGAACUGGAAGAGUUGAAGGAGGUAUUACUGCAGAAUGAAAAGUCCUUCAGCUCUCUGGGGGACCGAGAUGACUCUUCAAUUAAAAAACUCUCUGGUUCCCUCAAGGCUCAGUUGAAUGAAAUGGAUGGAAACAACAGGAAUGAUAAAUUCAACAGACGCUCGAGUUGGAGUCUAAAAGGAACUAAACCAGGAGAAAAAAGGCCAUCGCUACAGCGGUUCAUUAGCUCAACUUCCUGGACAGAGUCAGAGGAAGAGCAACCUGAAUUAGAGACUAUUCUUCUAGAAUUGGCAGCUCCAGAGAUCCAGGAAAGUAAAGCGCGGAAGCUGAGCGAAAAAGAAAGCAAGACAUCAAAAUGGGGGCUGUGCUCACUGUGUGUGAGAGUAUGUUCUUGGGCCUCCUCUCUGAGGACUUCCUUCUGCAGGACUAGCAAAGCCCUCUACAUCUCUGUCCUUGCAGUUGUGUUCUUUGCUGCCCUUGUGACUUUUCUCAUGGGCUUUUCCUUUCAACCACCUGUGGAAGCAGCUCCUGAUGGUACUGGAAAUGCUUGGACCUCUGUACAGAAGCUCUUGUGGCCGUACAUUCGUCUCCUUCACCAAGGACCACCACCUGUGUAAUUCACCAGUAUUCCGAAUGGAUUCUUCUAGUGCCCGCUCAGCAUGUCGUCUUCGACUGAAUAAUCUAGUGCACAGAUUGAGCAUUUUAGCUUCAUCACACUUCAAGGUUCUGAAUGUAGAGAAAAGGCAACUUUAAUGCAUCAUCUCAUAUUUCUGUUAAUAAUUUAGAGCCAUGCAGUUCAGAAACAAAAUGCAAUUCGUUAUUUUCUGGCAAAGCAAGUAGAUUUUCCAAGUGACCUCAACUACUUUUUUUAUUUUGUAAGUCUUCCUGUCUCCCCCCCACUUUUCUCCCUCCCCCAAAACUU